AUACAAUUUUAUCAUGAUAUCAAUAUGGAUGAUAGAUUUAAGCGUUUAAUCAAAGGUUUUAAAGUCAUUUCGUUGAUUGGUGGAUGUGCCGUGUUAAUAACUUAUCAUAUUCGACAGACAUGUAGAUCUUUAGACAAAAUUAUCAAUCUAAACGUUCUUGACGCGGAAAAAAAAUAUACACCAGAGUAUAUAUAUAUUGAUGAUCCGAAAUUUGAUUUGAAAAUGGUACAAUCUACAGAGACACGGCAAUCAGUGGGCUUGUCUCGUAUUUGGAAAAGUUUGAGAGAUUCUUUGGCAUCCAGACUUCUAUGGCUAUGUCGUCACGGGAAUCAAGAACAACGCGAUCUCGCUCUACAACAUUUAGCUUCUUUUAAGAAUAAUAAGAAAUGGGAGUGUUUAAAACUAGCUCAAGCUCUCGAUAUGAACACUGCAGUGUUACUUGCUCGUACUCGUGGAGCUGAUUUACGAUACUUUUUACCCCCGCCAAUACAUGUACGAAGAGCUGCUUUAUCCUCUGAGCUCAUGUCUUUCAAAUUACGUGAUAUGAUUGUUGGCGUUCAGAGAAUAAGCCCACAUAGUUGUAUCAAAUACUUUUUGUCUAAAUAUUUUGCCAAUCUACAGGAGCAAGCCAUGGAGGCUGACAAUAUUCCUGCUAAACCAGACGUAAUAAGUGAAAGAGAGCUGUGUAUGUUGUGCCUUGAUGCUUUAUAUCACCAUAUUAUAUUGUUUCAUUCUAAAAAUUAUAUUGACGAUAAAUCAACUUCAACACUGAUAAAUAUGGAUCUAUUGCCUCGCUUAGCUGAGUUAUUUUUAAGAUAUCGUAAUGAUGUUGACAUGGAUGUAUGUAUACUGAAAAUUCUUACUGUGAUAAGCAUGCACACAGUUUUACUAAAAGAUUUUUUUCAAAAUGGUCUGAUUGGUGAACUCUGUAGACUAAUAAAAUCGGAGGAUGUUCGCUUGUCCAGCUCUGCAGCAGUAUGUCUUGCAAACCUUUCUGGGGAACAUUGUUUCCGCCCUGGAUUAUAUCUAUUACAUCCAUUGUAUCGAACAAGAACUAAACCAAUGUGUGACACUUUAUUAAUACAUGGGCUGAGAGGUGGUGUAUUUGUUACAUGGCGCCAACGAGAUCCUAAAUGUGAUGGACCACUAGUUAUCACAGAUGUAAAAUCUAAAGUUAAAUGUGGAAAGCCUUGUGUUGAAGAAGAAGUUGGUGUUAACUACAUGGAUCCUGAAUUAAAACAGGUACUAGAUGAUUUAACAGAGAUGGAUGAAGAAUCUCUGUUAUCAAAUAUGGAAAUUGUGUUGCAGGAUAUACCAAUCGAGGCUAAAAGGGAUUCUACAGUAAAUUCUUUUACUGCAGCAAAAAAAAGGAUUGCUUUGAUUAGGGAAAAUGAGGAUAAUUGUACCUACACCCAUUGCUGGCCCAAAGAUUGGUUACCCAAGGAUUGUAAAAAUUUAAGAAUUUUAGGAGUAAAUUACUGGAGUUCCCUUUCAGAAUGGUUAGAAGGGUGUCCAUUACAAAGUGCAGAUAUACCCACUAGAGCUGUUGAAUUGAUCCCAGCUUUGAUAGAUGCCAGAGUUGGUCAAAGAAAUGUGCCCAUCAUUUGGUUAGCCCAUUCAAUGGGAGGACUUAUAGUGAAACAACUUCUCAUUGAAGCUGCAGAAAGUCAAGAUGAUUUGCAAAAGAUUUGUGAACAAACAAAAGCUGUUCUAUUUUAUAGUACUCCGCACAGAGGUACUUCUCUUGCUAGUCUGCCUCGAGCAGCUGAUGCAGUGCUGUGGCCGUCACAUGAUGUAAAGCAAUUAAAAGAAAACUCUCCUAUACUUCUAAACAUACAAAAUAAAUUCCUGACAGUUGCAGAUAAAUAUGACUUUGAAACCAUCAGUUUUGCAGAGAGUAUGCCUACUUUGGUGACAGCUUUUAAAGUUCCAAUGCACUUUGUUGCUGCAAAUUCUGCUGAUUUAGGACGUGGUGUAUUUUAUCAGCUACCUUUAGAUCAUUUGACUAUAUGCAAACCUGCAUCAAGACAAUCCAUUUUAUAUACAACAGUUAUUGACGUCAUUCAAAGAACAACACAUAAGAAAUGUGAAUUGCAGUAUCCCAAUAUAUUUCUUGAAAAAUUUUACAAACUAUUUUCAUGGCGUACAUUAUUUAAAGCCACAGGUGUUAUUGAUUCAAUUGAAGACACUCAGUAUAAAGAAAGGUUUCGAUGGUUUGAGAGAAUUAUUCUUGACACAUACACGGGCAGCUGUUCCGACUAGACAAAUGUUAAAAACUUC